GUUUGGCGACAUCCCUCCACAAGAUGCGACGGUCCCCGCAGCCUAACAGUUCUUCACAUGCCAAGCAACGUAGAGCUCCUAAAUGCUUUGCAGCGACUACCGUGAACCAGCGCUCUCGCAGUAUUACCAUGGCCUGCAAUGCACCAACUUCCAACCCGAACGUUCGGGUAGAGCGAUGGGAGGGCUUUAGCCUCUUGGCAUGGGGAACCGAAAGCGACGAAGAAAUAUAUAAUAAUGAUGCUGUAAAUACGCUCGAUGGUAGUCUCAAAAUUGGGCUACAAGACGACCUUGUGAUAACGAGAGCGGCUGAGAUGUUCUCCAACGGGGCUUUAGCGAAGAGAAUGAACGGUGAACUUGACAAGCGACAGUCGGCUUCGCGCGUUUGGGGGGAGGCUGACGCUCAUUUAACAGCCUUACGAGAAUCACAAAGAGCACACGAUAUGGCAAUACGGAAGCUGGAACACCGUCGUGCCUUUGAAUCUAGUUUACGUGAACGAUUGAGUUGUCGUGCAAAACAAAAGAAGGAGCUUGAAUCGAAAGCUCUCCAGCAUCUGGUAGCCGACUCGCCAUUUCAACAUGGCCGUUGUCAUCGAUGCAGUGUGCAACUGGGAGCGGGUACUGAUAACUUGACUGCCAAUGCCAAUCCUAAUGUGCGCUACCAUUACCAUGAUCAACACUUUCUGAAGGACGCUUCUGCACCUUCCAGUGCAUUGAAGUCAUCCCAGACGGAAGAAGUGGAGCGAAAUUUGAGAAUCUUCUACCGCACUGGGCAUUUGGAUGAGCUUAAGCAGAAACAGUUUGCCCAUGUAUACUUGGCCAACCGGAAAAAAUAUGCGGAUGAUGAAAGGCGACAUGCUGUAGAGCAGCGAGCCCUUCACGAAAGAAGAAAGAAUGCAAUCGCCAGCGAUUCUGGAGACAAUCGAGAUGUACUAGAAGGCGGGCUAUUAGCAGCACAGAAGGAACAACAGCAAUUCCACCGUGGACGUGCACGGUUCAAAGUGGAGAGAUCCCGGUAUAACGAAACGCGGGCACAUGCCCACCCUUUUACGAGUAUAUGUGCUGUCACUCCCCAAGAAGCUAUGGAAGACCAUUUAUUCUCCAAGGAUUUACCAGAGGAGCCUAGUCGCGAGAGUUUGCAUCUGUCGGACCUUGCAUAGUCGUUUUUGACUGUUUCAUAUGUGGAAUUUACAAAUAUAAUAUGAUAUUGAGAUGGGAGCACGCA